CGUCAUGAAUUAAUUUUCUUCUUACAUUAAGAUAUAAUAAACAACUAACCAAUUUUAAUAAUAAUAAUAAUAAAAAGAAUAUAUAACUAAAGUAAUGCAAGCAACAGCUUCACUAGAAAACGAAAAUAAAUGGAAAUUUGCUCAAUGUUUCGGUGAUAAAGGUGAAUCGGAUGACAUUUCAGAAGCUGAUAUUAUCUCGGCUGUGGAAUUCGAUCAUACAGGUGACUACUUGGCAACAGGUGAUAAAGGUGGAAGAGUAGUUUUGUUUGAAAGAAAUGAAAGCAAAAAAUCUUGCGAAUAUCGUUUUUAUACUGAAUUUCAGUCACAUGAGCCUGAAUUUGAUUAUUUAAAAAGUUUGGAAAUUGAAGAGAAGAUCAAUCAAAUUAAAUGGUGUAAGAGAACUAAUUCGGCUCAUUUUUUACUUUCAACAAAUGAUAAAACAAUCAAACUUUGGAAAGUAUUUGAAAGAAGUUUGAAGACAGUAAGUGAAUGUUCUAUGAUGACAGAUAAUGAUAUGCCAAUUGCUGCACCUGGAAAUUUUGGUGCAUCGCUUCAAUCAUCUAUCAUGAUGCCCAAGAUUAGCCAUCAAGAUACAAUUGUAGCUGCCAUUCCACGACGCAUUUAUGCAAAUGCACAUGCAUAUCAUAUUAAUUCAAUUUCAAUUAAUUCUGAUUGUGAAACUUAUAUUUCAGCUGAUGAUCUUCGUAUUAAUUUAUGGAAUUUGGACAUUUCAGAUCAAAGUUUUAAUAUUGUGGAUAUUAAGCCUGCUAAUAUGGAAGAAUUAACUGAAGUAAUUACAUCUGCAGAGUUUCAUCCUAUUCAAUGUAAUUUAUUUAUGUACAGCAGUAGUAAAGGAACAAUUAAACUGGCUGAUAUGAGAGAAUCCGCCUUAUGUGAUCAGAAUGCAAAGAUAUUUGAGGAGCCUGAAGAUCCAGCAAAUAGAUCUUUUUUUUCAGAGAUUAUUUCGUCUAUUUCUAAUGUAAAGUUCAGUAAAGACGGUCGAUAUAUCUUAUCUCGCGAUUAUCUUACCUUAAAAAUUUGGGAUAUUAAUAUGGAGAAGAAACCUCUUCGUACGAUUAACAUACAUAAUAAUCUUAGAUCAAAAUUAUGCGAUUUAUAUGAAAAUGAUUGUAUUUUUGAUAAAUUUGAAUGUACAUUUAGUGGUGAUGGAAGUCGUAUGAUGACCGGCUCUUAUAGUAAUGAUAUACAUAUAUAUAGUCGAGAGGAUGAAAAUGAAAUUACUUUACAAGCUGACAAGAGCGCAUUUAAAGCAAAGAAGUUAGGAGCAGCUAAGAGUAAAAUUACAAUGAGUCAGGGUAAUCGUGCUGCAAUGGGUAGAAGAAUGAGAGAUGAUAGUGAUUACAUGGAUUAUAAUAAAAAGAUUUUACAUGCAUCAUGGCAUCCUAAAGAAAAUACAAUUGCUGUUGCAGCUACCAAUAAUUUAUUCAUCUUUACCGAAUAAUUAAUAUAUAUUAUUUUUGAAAUUAACUAUUUAACACAACGAGCUCAUUUAUAUCAAAUGUUCCUAAUUAUUAUUACAUCUUUUAAAUUUGUUUUUUAUCACCCUUUCUGUCAAAAUAGUUUUUCCUAUUUUUAUUCUUUGAUUUAUAUGAAGAUAAAUAUAGUCAAGGAUAAAACUGUAUAUUCUUAAUAAUAAAUUAAAAUUAAAAAAAAAAAAAAAAAA